CGCCGCAAACUUUUUCCUCCCCAUCCUGCCGCGGCCCGAAAGGAAUGGAAAAUGGCGGCCUAGGCGCCGAGUUUCCUGCCCGAGCAGCGGCGGCGGCGGCGGCGGUCCCGGCGGCCUGGGGCGCGCGGCCCGCGCGGCGCCAUGACCCGCUGGGUGCCCACCAAGCGCGAGGAGAAAUACGGCGUGGCUUUUUACAACUACGACGCCCGCGGCGUGGACGAGCUCUCCUUACAGAUCGGGGACACCGUGCACAUCCUGGAAACAUACGAAGGGUGGUACCGAGGCUACACCUUAAGGAAAAAGUCUAAGAAGGGCAUAUUUCCUGCUUCAUAUAUUCAUCUGAAAGAAGCCAUAGUUGAAGGAAAAGGGCAACAUGAAACGGUCAUCCCGGGCGACCUGCCGCUCAUUCAGGAGGUCACCACGACGCUGCGCGAGUGGUCCGCCAUCUGGAGGCAGCUCUACGUGCUUGGCAACAGGGAGAUGUUCCAGAGCGUGCGGCGCAUGAUCUACGACCUCAUUGAGUGGCGGUCGCAGAUUUUGUCCGGGACCCUGCCGCAGGACGAGCUCAAGGAGCUGAAGAAGAAGGUCACUGCCAAGAUCGAUUAUGGAAACAGAAUUCUCGAUUUGGACCUGGUGGUGAGAGAUGAAGAUGGGAACAUCCUGGAUCCAGAACUGACCAGCACGGUCAGCCUGUUCAGAGCUCAUGAAGUGGCUUCAAAACAGGUGGAGGAAAGGCUACAGGAGGAGAAGUCUCAAAAGCAGAACGUGGACAUCAACAGGCAGGCCAGGUUUGCCGCCACCCCUUCUCUGGCCUUGUUCGUCAACCUCAAAAACGUGGUCUGUAAAAUUGGAGAGGACGCCGAAGUGCUCAUGUCUCUGUAUGACCCCGUGGAGUCCAAGUUCAUCAGUGAAAACUACCUGGUCCGCUGGUCCAGCUCGGGGCUGCCCAAGGACAUAGACAGGCUCCACAACCUGCGAGCCGUCUUCACCGACCUCGGGAGCAGAGACCUGAAGAGGGAGAGGAUCAGCUUCGUCUGCCAGAUUGUCCGCGUGGGCCGCAUGGAGCUGCGGGACAGCAACACGCGGAAGCUGACCUCGGGCCUGCGGCGGCCUUUCGGGGUGGCCGUGAUGGAUGUAACAGAUAUAAUAAAUGGAAAAGUGGAUGAUGAAGAUAAACAGCAUUUCAUUCCCUUUCAACCGCUCGCGUUGGACGACGCCAUUCGACACAAGCCGCUGAACAUGUCAUCCCGUUUUUCACCCAGGGUGGCAGGGGAGAAUGACUUCCUCCAGACUGUCAUUAACAAAGUCAUUGCUGCCAAAGAAGUCAACCACAAGGGCCAGGGUCUGUGGGUGACUCUGAAGUUACUCCCUGGAGACGUCCAUCAGAUCAGGAAGGAGUUUCCCCACUUAGUGGACCGGACCACCGCAGUGGCGCGGAAGACGGGCUUCCCGGAGAUAAUCAUGCCCGGUGAUGUCCGCAAUGACAUCUACGUGACGCUGGUUCAAGGAGAUUUCGACAAAGGGAGCAAAACCACCGCGAAGAACGUGGAGGUUACGGUGUCCGUCUUCGACGAGGACGGCAAGCGCCUCGAGCACGUGGUUUUCCCCGGAGCUGGCGAUGAGGCGCUUUCAGAGUACAAGUCCGUGAUUUACUACCAAGUGAAGCAGCCACGCUGGUUCGAGACCGUGAAGGUGGCCAUCCCCAUCGAGGACGCCAACCGCAGUCACCUCCGCUUCACCUUCCGCCACCGAUCCUCUCAGGACUCCAAAGACAAAUCCGAGAAGAUCUUCGCGCUGGCGUUCGUGAAACUGAUGAGAUAUGAUGGGACCACGCUGCGGGACGGGGAGCAUGACCUCAUCGUCUACAAGGCCGAAGCGAAGAAGCUGGAGGACGCUGCCACGUACCUGAGCCUGCCGUCCACGAAGGCGGAGCUGGAGGAGAAGGGCCACUCGGCCACGGGCAGGAGCAUGCAGAGCCUGGGCAGCUGCACCAUCAGCAAAGACUCCUUCCAGAUCUGCACGCUCGUCUGCUCCACGAAGCUCACCCAGAACGUGGACCUUCUGGGGCUCCUGAAGUGGCGGUCCAACACCAACCUGCUGCAGCAGAACCUCCGGCAGCUGAUGAAGGUGGACGGCGGGGAGGUGGUCAAGUUCCUCCAGGACACCUUGGACGCCCUGUUCAACAUCAUGAUGGAGAAUUCCGAGAGCGACACUUUCGACACGCUCGUGUUCGAUGCCCUGGUGUUUAUCAUCGGACUCAUUGCUGAUAGAAAAUUUCAGCAUUUUAAUCCAGUUUUGGAAACUUACAUUAAGAAACACUUCAGCGCAACUUUAGCCUACACGAAGCUGACGAAAGUGCUGCGGAACUACGUGGACAAUGCCGAGAAGCCGGGCGUCAGUGAGCAGCUGUACAAGGCCAUGAAGGCUCUGGAGUACAUCUUCAAGUUCAUCGUGCGCUCCCGAGUGCUCUUCAAUCAGCUCUACGAGAACAAGGGCGAGGCCGACUUCAGGGAGUCGCUCCUGCAGCUGUUCCGGUCCAUCAGCACCAUGAUGAGCAGCAUGUCCGACCAGACCGUCCGGGUGAAGGGGGCAGCGCUGAAAUACUUGCCGACGAUUGUCAACGAUGUGAAAUUGGUGUUUGACCCCAAAGAGCUCAGCACAAUGUUCACUGAGUUCAUCCACAAUGUCCCCACGGGUUUGCUGACCAUUCAGAAGCUGUAUUGCUUGAUCGAAAUCGUUCACAGUGACCUCUUCACCCAGCAUGACUGCAGAGAGAUCCUGCUGCCCAUGAUGACCGACCAGCUCAAGUACCAUCUGGAGAGGCAGGAGGACCUGGAGGCCUGCUGCCAGCUGCUCGGUGAUGUCCUGGAGGUGCUGUACAGGAGGGACGUGGGCCCGACGCCGCGGCACGUGCAGAUCAUCAUGGAGAAGCUCCUCCGGACCGUGAACCGGACUGUGAUCUCCAUGGGGCGUGACUCCGAACUCAUCGGCAACUUCGUGGCUUGUAUGACCGCAAUCCUGCGACAAAUGGAGGACUAUCAUUACGCCCACUUGAUCAAGACUUUCGGGAAAAUGAGGACCGACGUUGUGGACUUCCUGAUGGAAACAUUCAUCAUGUUCAAGAACCUCAUCGGAAAGAACGUCUACCCGUCUGACUGGGUGAUCAUGAACAUGAUGCAGAACAAAGUCUUCCUGCGAGCGAUUAAUCAGUAUGCAGAUAUGCUGAACAAGAAAUUUCUGGACCAAGCCAACUUUGAGCUUCAGCUCUGGAACAACUACUUUCACCUGGCGGUCGCUUUCCUCACACAAGAAUCCUUGCAACUGGAGAACUUCUCAAGCGCCAAGAGAGCCAAAAUCCUUAACAAGUACGGAGACAUGAGGAGGCAGAUCGGCUUUGAAAUCAGAGACAUGUGGUACAACCUCGGUCAGCACAAGAUAAAGUUCAUUCCGGAGAUGGUCGGCCCGAUGUUGGAAAUGACACUGAUUCCCGAGACAGAACUGCGCAAGGCCACCAUCCCCAUCUUCUUCGACAUGAUGCAGUGUGAAUUCCACUCCACCCGGAGCUUCCAGAUGUUCGAAAAUGAGAUCAUCACCAAGCUGGAUCACGAAGUGGAGGGGGGCCGAGGAGACGAACAGUACAAAGUGUUAUUUGAUAAAAUCCUUCUGGAGCACUGCCGCAAGCACAAGUACCUCGCCAAAAGCGGGGAGACGUUCGUGAGGCUGGUCGUGCGCCUCAUGGAGAGGCUGCUGGACUACAGGACCAUCAUGCACGACGAGAACAAGGAGAACCGCAUGAGCUGCACCGUCAACGUGCUGAAUUUCUACAAGGAAAUCGAAAGAGAAGAAAUGUACAUCAGGUAUCUGUACAAGCUGUGUGACCUGCACAAGGAGUGCGACAACUACACGGAGGCGGCGUACACCCUGCUGCUCCACGCCAAGCUGCUGAAGUGGUCGGAGGACGUGUGCGCAGCCCACCUGACCCAGCGGGACGGGUACCAGGCGACGACCCAGGGACAACUGAAAGAGCAGCUGUACCAGGAGAUCAUCCACUACUUCGACAAGGGCAAGAUGUGGGAGGAGGCCAUCGCCCUGGGCAAGGAGCUGGCCCAGCAGUACGAGAACGAGACCUUCGACUACGAGCAGCUCAGCGAACUGCUGAAAAAGCAAGCUCAGUUUUACGAGAACAUCGUCAAAGUGAUCAGGCCCAGGCCGGACUACUUUGCGGUUGGCUACUACGGACAGGGGUUCCCCACGUUCCUGCGGGGGAAGGUUUUCAUCUACCGGGGGAAGGAGUACGAGCGCCGGGAGGACUUCGAGGCCCGGCUGUUGACGCAGUUUCCCAACGCGGAGAAGAUGAAGACCACGUCUCCACCCAGUGACGAGAUUAAAAACUCCCCCGGCCAGUACAUUCAGUGCUUCACGGUGAAGCCCAAACUGGACCUGCCCCCGAGGUUUCACGGGCCUGUCUCAGAGCAGAUCGUCAGUUUCUACAGGGUGAACGAGGUCCAGCGGUUUGAAUACUCUCGGCCGAUCCGAAAGGGAGAGAAAAACCCAGACAACGAAUUUGCGAACAUGUGGAUCGAGAGGACCAUAUACACAACCGCGUACAAGUUACCUGGAAUCUUACGGUGGUUUGAGGUCAAGUCUGUGUUCAUGGUGGAGAUCAGCCCCCUAGAGAACGCCAUCGAGACCAUGCAGCUGACCAACGACAAGCUGAACAGCCUGGUGCAGCAGCACCUGGACGACCCCGGCCUCCCCGUCAACCCCCUCUCCAUGCUCCUCAAUGGCAUUGUGGACCCCGCCGUCAUGGGUGGCUUUGCAAAUUACGAAAAGGCCUUCUUCACGGAGCGGUACCUGCAGGAGCACCCAGAGGCCCACGAGAAGAUUGAGAAGCUCAAGGACCUGAUUGCAUGGCAGAUCCCGUUUUUGGCCGAAGGGAUCAGGAUUCACGGAGAGAAAGUCACGGAAGCGCUGCGGCCGUUUCACGAGCGGAUGGAAGCCUGUUUCAAGCAGCUGAAGGAGAAGGUGGAAAAGCAGUACGGCGUCCGGACCAUGCCCUCCAGCCUGGACGACAGACGCGGCAGCCGGCCGCGGUCCAUGGUGCGGUCCUUCACCAUGCCCUCCUCGUCCCGGCCUGUGUCAGUGGCCUCCGCAUCUUCACUGUCCUCGGACAGCGCCCCCUCCAGGCCCGGCUCUGACGGGUUUGCCCUGGAGCCCCUGCUGCCAAAGAAAAUGCACUCCCGGUCGCAGGACAAGCUGGACAAGGACGACCCGGAGAAGGAGAAGAAGGACAAGAAGAAGGAGAAGAGGAACAGCAAACACCAGGAGAUAUUCGACAAAGAGUUUAAACCGGCCGACCUGUCCCCGCAGCCGUCAGAGGCUGUGAUCCUCUCAGAAACGAUAAGUCCCCUGCGGCCCCAGAGGCCGAAGAGCCAGGUGAUCAAUGUCCUCGGGAGUGAGAGGCGCUUCUCAGUGUCCCCAUCGUCACCGCAGGCCCAGCAGACCCCUCCUCCAGUCAUGCCACGGGCCAAGCUCAGCUUCAGCCUGCAGUCCAGUUUGGAGCUGAAUGGCAUGACCGUGACCGGGGGGGACAUGGCCGAGGUCCCGCCGCCUCUGCCUCUGAAAGGCAGCACCGCCGAUUACGGGAACCUGAUGGAGACCCAGGACCUGGUGGGCUCCCCAGUGCCCCCGCCGCCACCCCCACACCAGAGGCACCUGCCACCUCCGCUGCCCAGCAAAACCCCGCCGCCUCCCCCGCCAAAGACCACGCGGAAGCAGACCUCCGUGGACUCCGGCAUCGUGCAGUGAGCGGGGAGCACACCGCCGUCCUUCCUGCCCUGUCCCCCUCUGUGAUUGGCGUUUACCUCGUGGGACCCGUGAUGUCUGGCAUUUAGGGCACUUGCUUUUCCUGCAGAGGAGUGCGCCCUCAGCCUCGGAGCGCAUGGCCUUUAGUGUCGGGAAGCAAGAGGGAUGUGGGUCUGGGACGUCCUGGUGUGUUUAUCAAAACCGGGGGCUCCUGAGUGGGUCCUUGAGAGAGCCUCAUUCUUGCCCAAAACCCUUUCCUCCUGUGCCAAGUGCCGUGUUAGCGAGGAGCAAGGCGGAGCUGAGCAGAGCGCAGCAGCAGCAGGAGUCAGACCAUCCAUCGUCUUUGAGGACCAAGCAGCCGGACCUUGCAACGUGGUGGCCACGCCCCAGCUCCCACGUGCGCGUCUGAUUACCCAGCCCUCCUCGCCGCAGCGCCUGCGCGUUGCGACUUCCUGCUGGUUCGCUGUACGUCAACCUGCGUCAGGCAGUUCCGGUUCGGCCUUUCCGGAGAGGGCCUGCUCGCCUUUGGUCUAAUUUGAAGUAGGAUAUUUCUCAGCUACUGAACAGUUACUAAUUUAUGGAGUGGAGACAGCAUUAGAAACACCGGGUCGAGUGGGGAGACCGCCGUGAGUGCAGGAAGAUCGGGUCGCGCACUCUCUAAAUCCAGAGCGCACGUCCAGCGAGAGCCGGCCCUCGUCGGUGAGUCCGUCCGCCCUCUGUCCUCUGUACAGACGUGUGUACAUACGACGCUCCUUUUCCUCGGUGUGGGCCUCCCACGGAUCGUAGUGGGCGUCCACAAGUGAUUCUCAGUGCUCGUUCUUCAUUCUUAACUGCUGGAAAUGUAAAAAGCAAAAUCAAAAUUAAGUUCUGUUCCUUUCCAAAGCUCUGAAAAUGUCGGUGAAUGAUGAUUUUAAAAAACUAACUUUGUAUAACCUAAUAUUUGUACUCUAUCGUCUAUAUUUUUGUAUGCACUGUGAUCACGAUAUCCUCCCAAUAGGCUCAAAUGUUAAUCAUUGACGAUGAAAAAUAAAGUAUUAUU